GCGUCCCGAUGGCAGGUGGGGGGGUGCGGCCCGCAUCAGAUAACACCGACCACACAGGGUCACAACGAACCCACUCCACAAAAAGGUAAGUUGUAAAGCAAGCCGACGAUCCCCGCAGAAUGGAUUGGAUCUGCGGAUUGGGGAGCAUAAUGGAUUGGAGUCCCAUCCAUUAUGCUCAAUCCGCAAAUCUGAUCCAUUCUGCAGGGAUCGUCAGAGGGGGUGUCACCAAGUGUUACCGCACCAGGUGACACCAACCCUAG